AAGCCAAAAGGCUGAAGUUACACAUACUGCCCCUUUAAACACUCAUUCAGUUUCUGUCAGCUCAGAUGAGUUUCAGACUCGGGUGUCAUGUUAGUUUAAAAGGUGGAAGAUAUUUUGAGGAGAUUUUAUUUUGAGGUUUUUGACCUCAAAGUAUUUUUUUUAAAAUAAAACCCUUCUUUGAGUGAGUUCUGUCCUCAUCACUCUGAUGGAUUUGUCUGAUUUUCCCUUCCCGCUCUCGUCAGCUGAUGACCUCUAUGACCCCUGCUUCAGCACCAGCGACYUGAACUUUUUUGACGACUUGGAUGCCCGGCUGACACACGGCAGCCUGCUGAAGUCAGAGGACCAUCUGAACCAUCAUGUCCCCACAGCAGAGGAGGAGGACCAGCACGUGAGGGCCCCCGGGGGCCUCCACCAGGCGGGCCACUGCCUGCUAUGGGCCUGCAAGGCCUGCAAGAGGAAGACGACCCACGCGGACCGGAGGAAAGCAGCAACGAUGCGCGAGAGGCGACGGCUCAGUAAGGUCAACGAUGCUUUUGAGACUUUGAAACGGUGCACGGCCUCCAAUCCCAACCAGCGACUCCCCAAGGUGGAGAUCCUGCGGAACGCCAUCAGCUACAUCGAGUCUCUGCAGGCGCUGCUGAGGGCCGGCCAGAGCGACAGCUUCUACCCGCCUCUGGAACACUACAGCGGGGAGUCGGACUCCUCCAGCACCCACUCCAACUGCUCUGACGGCACGAGUGCAGCAGCAGUAAAACGUCACUCAUUUCCAGUUUGGACUGUUUGUCCAGCAUCGUCCAGCGCAUCAGCACAGAGCCGGCCGUGGGCCCCACGGGGGACAGUGUGGUUCCACGGGGCCCCGAAUCGCCUCACAGCAACCCUGCUGUGUCCACCUCGCCUGCUGAUUCCAGCAGCAGCUAUGAGCCGAACUCGACCUGAAGGAGCAAAAGACUUAUUUUCUACAGAGACGAACUGUUCCCUUUUUUUAUGGAGCUGAACACUAAAUUAUUCCUGAYUUCUAACGUCUGUCACUGAAACAGAGACUUCCACUCUAGAUCUCCCUUUGUUUUGAACAAAGCACAUUUGCUCGAUGUUUGAGUCCAGAUUUUGUGUUUUUAGCUGCUGGGUGUUUUCUACAUGCUGGCAGAAUGAGAAAGAAGAGGACCUUUCUAUACUGAUUCCUGCUGAUCAUAACUGAGGACCAUUUGUUCCAUCUGUAAUUAAAAUCUCAUCGUUCAUGUGAUGUCAGAACACAGUUCAACAGUUGGUGUGUUUGUGUCAUAUUUAAGAGCUGAAUCUUAAUAAAAUUAUAUUUAUAUUCUGUCUGUUGAUGUUCGUCCAUCUUCUUAUCUGUGGUUGUGUUGCAGAGGCAACAGGUCCAUGAGGGGAAUCCACAGACACCCCUCUGCCCAGUGACACUCUGCAGCUUCUCUUGGGGGGUCCUGAGGGGCUCAAUAAAAGGAUAUACAGUACUAUCCCUUCAGCUGUUUCUGGGUCUGCAUCACCUCUUUAAUCCUGGCCUGAGGGUCAGACCACGGGGAAAAGGUUCACUCACGCAGAACGUUUGGUCACUGACAUGACGAGCUGAAUGAUUCAGUCAUAUCUCUGCGGUUACCUCAUCAGAAGGUCGUUGUUUUGGUUUGAAACUUUGGGCAGUGGUGCCUCCAUAAUUAUUGAGGGGUUGGGGGUCAUUGUGCUGUUUUGAAGUGGCUUUAGAAAACUUUAGUUAUUAAAUCACUUUGUUUUCUAUAAUAAAAUGAUAAUAAUUAGUAAAAUACAUACAUUGUUCAAAAAUAAAACAGUAAACAGUCACUAAAAGUGUUUUGUGGAACCUGAUAUAUUUUUCACUWAAUACAUGUUUCUGUUUGAA